AUGAGUCCGAAACAUGUUGUUUACAAGAAGCUGUCACGCGACAAGUCGGUGGGCGUCUACAUGGCCCGGAGGGACUUCGUGGACCACUGUGACUUUGUGGACCCAGUGGACGGCGUCGUCGUGAUCGACCCCGUGCAGCUCAAGGGGAGGAAAGUGUACGUCAUGCUGUCCUGUACCUUCGUGUACGGCCGUCCGGACGUGGACGUGAUGGGCGUCCACUUCAGGAGAGACCUGUUCAUGGUGACCCGGCAGGUCUACCCGGAGCUGCAGGACAAGGAGCAGCUGACCCACACCCGCAUCCAGCGCCAGCUGCUGCGCAAGCUGGGGGACAACGCCUACCCCUUCUUCUUCGAGUUUCCAGACAACCUGCCGUGUUCAGUGGCUUUGCAGCCCGGACCGUCUGACGUGGGGAAGAAAUGCGCAGUGGAGUUUGAAGUCAAAGCUUUCUGUGGAGACGUUCAGGAUGAGAAGAUGAACAAACAGAGCAGUGUCCGUCUCAGCAUCAGGAAGGUGCAGUUCAGUCCAGAGGACAGGAAGGUCGUCCCCGUGGCUGAAACCACCUUCGAGUUCCUGAUGUCGGACAAACCGCUGCACGUCAAGAUGAGCAUGUCCAAGGAGGUGUUCUAUCAUGGAGAACCCAUCGAGGUCCACGUUGAAAUCAACAACUCGUCCAGCAGGAACAUCAAAGACAUCAGCGUGUCAGUGGAGCAGGUGACCAAUGUUGUUCUUUACUCAAACGACAAAUACGUUAAAUCUGUGGCCAAAGAGGAGAGCAGUGAUUCCGUUCCCUCUGGAACCAGUCUGAAGAAGAUCUACACACUCUAUCCUCUGUUGACUCACAACAAGGAACGCAGGGGACUCGCACUGGACGGACGCCUCAAACACGAGGACACAAAUCUGGCCUCGUCCAGCAUAGUGAAGCAGGAGGUUCUGAAGGAGGUCCAGGGGAUGCUGGUGUCCUACAAGAUGGUUCUGAGGAUGAUCGCCUCUGGGACGGUUGGAUCGAGUGAUGUGUCUCUGGAACUUCCCUUCAAGCUGAUGCAUCCGAAACCUGAACCAGUGUCGGACAGUGACGUGGACGACAUGGUGUUUGAGGACUUUAAGCGGUCCUACCUGAAGGGUGUGGUCUUUGGAGACGAUGACGAGUCCCCCACUGAGGCCUGAACGGCAGACAUGGUCCCAUCAGUCUCACUGUUGAGGACAAAGUG